AUGGCCCUUGGAGUCAUUCAGCGCUGCACUGCUGUGAAGUACCACUACACCUCCAGCUCUCUGCCUCGCAACUUACCCAUCAACAUCACCAACACCAUCCGGCAGGAUGAGUGGCACGCCCUCCAUCUGCGGAGGAUGACAGCUGGCUUCAUUGGCAUGGCAGUCUCCAUCAUCCUGUUUGGGUGGAUCAUUGGUGUGCUGGGCUGCUGCAAACAGCAGGAGCUCAUGCAGUACGUGGCUGGGCUGCUCUUCCUAAUGGGAGGUACUUGCUGUAUCAUCUCACUCUGCACAUGCGUAGCUGGGAUCAAUUUUGAGUUAUCCCGCUAUCCUCGCUACGUCUAUGGGCUGCCAGAGGACAUCAGUCAUGGCUAUGGCUGGUCCAUGUUCUGUGCCUGGGGGGGCCUGGGCCUCACCCUGCUGGCUGGGUUCCUCUGCACAUUGGCCCCAUCACUCAACACCUCCCGGGCAUCCGUACAAAAACCCAGACAAGAAAACGGGGCCGUGUGACCCCAGAGGGAGUCAGGAGACUCUGGAAAGCGCAGCCUGGGCAGAGCUGUGGGUUAACACCAGGAAGAGGUGGCAUGUCAGCGUGUGGAGAGCAGUGCCAGAGCUGUUGAAAUGCCAGCCCAUGGGACACUGCUGCAGCCUCCAGUCGCAGACACGGACAUUGCAAGUAACUCCAGGUUUGAAUUAUUGGCAACUUGAUCAUUGAUGGUUUAAGGGGGACAGUUCUUUCAAUUCGUUUUUCUUCUGUUUACAAGGGAUUAAGUCCAAGAUUGUGUCUUUUUUUGUGCUGUUUUUUGAACUGUACCUCCAUGGUCCUGUUAUUGUCCAGUUGUAAGGGAUGUUUACGCACCAACUCUAUUGCUGCAGGUCUGUGUAAUUCAGACCCAAUUUAGGGCAAGGAGCUAAGUGAAGUUGGCUUGAACACUUUUGCAACAGGCAUGUCUAGUGUUGGCUCAGGCCAUCCUUUCCCAAAAGAACCUUGAUCUAAGCGGAGGUUUAGGCCAAAGAAUUAGCCCAUUCUUAGUAUUAAUUUAUUUAAAUCAGAAACCUGUGCUAUUCCAUGCUGUGGAUUCAGCUAUUACUCACCACUCAAAGUGUUUCCAAAAGGAGCUAGCUGUAACUCAGCAGCAGGACUCCAAGAAAACUCUACAGACUCUGGGAAAGCAGAGGAAAGUUUUUCUCAGCUUCUUACAGUGAAGGUUACUCAUCUGGCUAACUAACAUACCCUUGUUUUAAUGGGGAGAUGUAUGCAACAUGCAGCUUUUUAACUAUUCCACCAGAGGUACGUUUUUCAAAAUGUCAUCGUUUGAGCUGCCAGGAUCAGCUUUCACUUCUGAACAAACUUGUGGGUGCAACUCCUGUUCUGUGAAAGGAGAUGAGUAACUCUUCUCUCUGAGCUCAAAUAACACUACUGCUAAAAUAGCAGAUGUACAACCCCCUCUAAUAUUAGUGUCCAAAGGAACCACAGUGUAUUUUCCUCAGGAACAUGUGGCUUCUGCUCAGUUCUCCACUCACCCCCUUCCAAUGUCAAAUGCCCUGAGCGCAGCGUGUCCAGAACACGUGUGUUCUGCUGGAACAAGAUCCCUCUUCAAAAUGAGCACUAAGGACCUUGGUACCAGCACAAGUACUAGGGCUAACUCAGGAACAUCAGCCAAAGUACUUUGGAGUGCAUUUUUCUUUCAUCCCUCUAUUCUUUUUUUUCCUUCUCACAUCCCCGCCCCUCUCCCAAGCGUCCAAAAACUGCACAGGUAAAGAUGAGAUGGCCAGCAUUUGGAGAUGUUUACAUUGUAUUUAAAAUACAAUACAGUGGCAUGUAAGAUACUUAAUGCUAAAGUCAGUGUAUUUAUGAAAAGUGUAAUUUUUAAAUGGAAGUUGUAAUUCUCAACUGGCAUUAAAAGUACUGAAAGACUUGC